ACUAAAAUAAGAGGUGAUUUCUCAGUUGAAUCAAAGCCUCUGUAUCGAUAUGUCGCUUGUAGUAGGGAGGGUGAUAGGAGACGUUGUCGACCAAUUCACACCAAGUGUCAUGAUGAAUGUAACCUACAAUUCCCAGACCACUGUCUUUAAUGGCCACGAGCUGAUGCCUAAUCUCGUUACUUCUAAACCUCAUGUUCAUAUUGGUGGCAUAGACAUGAGAUCAUCGUAUACUGUUAUCUUGACCGACCCAGAUGCUCCAAGUCCAAGUGAACCUUACUUAAGAGAACAUCUCCAUUGGAUCGUCACAGACAUUCCUGGUACAACUGAUGCUACCUUUGGAAGGGAGAUUGUGAGCUAUGAAAAGCCAAAGCCGGUGAUAGGAAUCCACCGAUAUGUAUUCUUGUUGUUUAAGCAAAGAGCUAGGCAAUCAGUGAGGCCACCUGUUUCCAGAGAUCAUUUCAACACCCGGAUCUUCUCUCAAGAAAACGAGUUAGGGUUACCAGUUGCUGCUGUCUACUUCAAUGCUCAAAGAGUAAAUGCCGCUCGUAAAAGAUAACUCUAUUUCAUACGUAUACUAUGCAUUGACUCUAAAUAAAACAAUAAAACCUUUAAUUUAUAGUUUUCAUGAUGCCUUUUUUUAUGAGUUUGUAUUUAGUUUCAUAGGUAAAGUGUAUUUGUGAUAUACAAGUUGAAUAAGGAAAUCAAUGAUGAUGUUCUGAUUACCUA